GAAACUCAUAUGUUAAAACCAAAUGGCUGAAUAUUAAAGAUAUAGAACGGACAACAAUAAGAGUAGGUUUAGGAGUACACCACAUCUCAGUAUUUUUUUUUGUAACGCAUAAGCGGAUAUGCCAUCGUCUAAAACAAGAACAAGAAGUUUACUUUCGUUAGAUUUCGUUGUACAAAGCCACGAACACUCCUUUCUUAUAAAACAAUUGCACCGAGAUGCAAAGGGAAGGGUUCAUACUGUUUAUUGGGCUUAUUUUAUAGCAUUGGUUUAUUCCUAGUAUCCUUGGGUUGUGGCUUAGUUGGAAUAAAAAAACAGGAACAUGUAUCUACAGGAAGUAAUGUCGUCAUGUCCUAUAUAACGCCCUUAACAAUUCAUAAAUCGACAAAUGCUACCGACGUACUAGAUAGAUUAGGUAAGGAGAAACAAACGGCGAUGAGGGAAGAAAUGAAUUCAACAAACCGAAAAUUAUUUUUUUUGAUUAUGUUUUUGUCGAAGAUGCACAUGUCAAAUGGUAAAAACGCCCAAAUUGUGCAUUUGAUAAACGUAAACACGAAUGGUUUAAACGAUCCUAAGGGUUGUUAUCAAACGAGUAAGGGAUGCACCCUCGACGCUGCUUUGGACGCCGCAGUCUCGCAAGAAAAAUUUAAGAAAAAUACCGUCAUUGAGAUAAAGCCUGGAAAUUACAUUCUGAAUAAUAGUUAUUCGUUUCGCAUGAAUAACAAUUUGACAAUUAGGGGAUUGUCGGCCGAUGUAAAGUUACAAUGCUCAGGGAACAAUUCUGGUUUGGCGUUUAUAGAAUGCCGUGAUGUAAAAAUCUUCAACAUAUCCUUUGUUGCAUGUGGCACACUUCAAAACAGUUCUUCAUUUGGUAAUCCUGUGUUUUUUUCAACCUUGUUUGUGAAUAAAUGCAUCCACUUUUCGCUUCACUAUGUGGUCAUUCAAAAAAGCUUGGGAGUCGGUGUGACAAUAUAUGACACAACAGGGAUAGUUAAUGUCUCUAACGUGACAUUUGAAUAUAAUGGUCCGACGUCUCUCAACUGCAACCUUGAGAGAACUGUUUCCAGGAAGGAAGAGGACAAUUCUCAGGAAAUAGCAGUGGCUGGUGGGGGAUUGUACAUUGAAUUUACCUUCCAAGAAAAGAAUGACAGUAGCUUGGACUUGGUUGAUAGCAGUUAUAGCAUUGUUGAAUCAACCUUCAAGGCCAAUAUUGCUCCUUAUUCAGGACUUCGAAAAGACUCAUUUAAACAUCCAAGUGGAAAGCAACAUGUUGGUUUUAGUCGUGGUGGUGGAUUGUCAAUAUACUUUAGAGGAUCUGCGAAACAAAACAUUUUUAAUAUCAGAGAAUGUAACUUUGUGAAAAAUCAAGCAGUAUGGGGUGGUGGUUAUCAUAUUCAGUUUCUGGAUAAUGCCAUUGGAAAUAGUAUCAAUAUUUCAAAAGUGAACAUCACUGAAAAUGUAGCAUGCCUUGGUGGUGGGGCAUUUCAAUUUAGCAUAUUGUCCAUUUUCAACCAGUCUGAAAAGAAAUUAAUGCCCAACUUUAUUCAGACUGUAUCAUCUUUGUUUGAAAAAAAUACUGCAGCUUCUGGCGGAGGUGGGAUUAUUACAGGCAAGACAAGUGUUGCAAAUGUUAAAAAUAGUUUCUGUUUUAAUGAUUGUCAUUGGUUAAGAAAUGAAGCUACCAUUGGAUUUGCCAUGACACUGAAGCUCUCAAACUUUGAUAAAGGCCUCUUUGGAUCAAAUUGUCCCUUCCGAGUAAAUUUUUCAAAUAGCUAUUUGCUUGGUAACUAUUUGCGUAGUGUUGUUGACUAUGGCUGGGGUGUCGGAACAAUGUAUGUUUUCCUAGUUCCUCUAUUUCUGAAGAAUGUUCAUUUUGCAAACAACACUAACACAUCCUUAUUGCUAGACACAUCUUUAGCAACUAUUGUUGAAAGUGUGGUGUUUUCAAGAAACACUGGUUACAAAGGAGGUGCUGUGGCUAUGUAUGGUGAAGCAUCAUUUUUAUUAACCAAAGGUUCAAAUCUCACUUUUGAUCAAAAUAAUGCAUCAGAAAGAGGUGGAGCAAUUUUUGUUGAAACUCCUGGACCUCAAAGUCUGCCAUUUUUCGGAAACAACUAUUUGCAAACACACGAGUGCUUCUUUAAAUAUGAGGAUAAACAAGUACCAGCAAAUGAAUGGCAAGCGAAGGUUGUUUUUAAGGACAAUACCGCUCCAUUUGCUACUGGCUAUUCAAUAUAUUCCAACUCAUUACGUGAUUGUAAUGAUCCUAAAAACAUUUCAAACACACUGGAGUGGAAAAGCUUUUUUUAUGAGAAUAGUCGUGAAUUUGAGAUUGUUACUGAUGCAAUAAAUAUUUCUUUAGACAAAUCUGAUUGGUACGUUUCACCAGCUGAGCCAUUCUCGCCAAAAGUUAUAUUGGUUGAUGAAAAAAAUAACUCUGUAUACGGUAUGAUUAACAUUGGAAUUGAAAGUUUUGAGGAAUCAGUUACUUUAGGAACACCUUCAGCAUUGUUCUUGGUUAGAGAACAAAUUCCUAUUUUGCAUCUCAAAGGAAAACCAGGGAGUAGGUUUUCAGUUGAUUUUAGAACAGUAGGUGGACUGUUUGCUCAUAAGAAAUUGGAAAAUAUUAUGUUGAACAAGUGUAAGCCUGGUUUUGUGCUGCGAGAAAAGCAAUGUGUUUGUGAUACAGAGAAGAUGGCGAGUGGAAUAUCCAGAUGUAGUGAGGACAAAACUGUAGUUUAUCUUAAAAAAGGUUACUGGGCUGGAGAGGUUCCUGAUGAGAAUAAUGAGACUGUAUUUGCAACUGCUCGAUGUCCGACAGGUUUUUGUGAGUGCUACAGACCAGACAACUUCACACUAGGUGAAGAUGAGUGCAUUUAUGAGGAAAAAAAAAUUUGUUCUGCUCAUAGAAAAGAUGUAUUGUGUGGUUCCUGUGAUAAUGGAUCAAGUGUUAAAGUCGGUGUGCAGACAUGCUCUCCCAAUUGUAAUGAUUCUGACUUGUGGCGAUUGGCACCAUUGCUGAUAGGUUUUACAAUCCUUGUUGGCCUUAUUUUCAUGUUAAACGUAGAUGUGUUUACGUGUUACCUGAAUGUUUGGUUGUUUUUCUAUCAAAUGAUUGAUCUUGUUAUAGAUGUGCACAGUCAUAUCCCACUGGAUCCUUUCAUUUCCUUCGUUAUAGGUUUGGCAAAGAUAACAAUUAGAGGGUUUGGCGCUUGUUUAUGGAAGGGAAUGGACAACCUACAAAAACUAGCAUUCCAAUAUGUGUUACCCGUGUAUGUAUUCAUUAUCUUGCUUGCACUCACGUUGUUUUCUGGAAAAUGGCCUAACACCUACUUUUCACGAAACUCGACAUAUCCAGCGUGUAGCACACUGUUUGUGCUUUGUUAUUCAAAUCUUGCACAAGUGUCUAUGAACAUACUCCAAAAUUUAAAAGUUGGCAAUAAAGUUGUGGUGUUUUAUCAGGGAACAGUUUCCUACUUUGGUCCUUGUCAUAUCCCCUUCGCUGUCCCUGCCCUGUUGGUCUUGCUCCUCAUCGUAAUCCCAUUUCCAUUUAUGUUGAUGUUCUCUCCGUUCUUCUCAAAACAUCUUCCUUAUUUCGUCUACUUAACUCCCUUUUUAAAUACCUUUAAGGCAUGCUUUAAAAAUAACUGUCGAUGGCACGCUUCAGUAUAUUUUUUCGCGCGUUUAAUUCUUCUUAUUAUUUCCACUUUCGUGCCAUACGGGACUCCAAACGCUGUCCUAAUGCAAAUUGCCUCGGUCCUUCUCCUUGCAAUGCACAUUUAUCGUUGGCCUUACGACGAAGAGAAAUAUAACUGGAUCAACAGAGUGGACGCACUCUUGCUGACUACACUUACUGUGGUCAGUAUUCUUGCUGCUCAAGCUACAAAUAACAUAACAGCAACGCAAAAAGACAGGUUGGGGUAUGCAAUAAAUGUUUUUGCAUAUACACCGUUGCUUUAUCUUUUGGUAAUUGUUAUCUACUUUUUGAACAAAUGGAUUAAAGAGAAGAGGCAUAAUUCUAGCGCACGUAGUGUUUAAAACCCAAAUGUUGAUGGCGGGGAAGACGCAGUCCCUGUGAGAGUAGUAGAUUUGUUGCAUUUUGAAAAAUAAAAACUAAAGUAGAUGAAAUACAAAAUUAUUUAUGUAUUAAUGGUUUCAAUGAUAAAAAGACGAACAAAUGAUCUUUAAACUUUA